UACCCGAGAUCGAUCGAGAGCUUGCAAAGAAAAUGGACGCCAAGCUUGCCGCCCUCAUCGCCUUGCUCGCAUUGCUCGGUCCUGUGGCUUGCCAUGGCGCCACCGUCAUCUGCCUGGGCGGUUGGGUUCGCCCAGUCCCAUCACUCCUCGGCGGGCUUGUCUGCCCCGGAAACCUGCUCCCAAACCCUUCCCUGAACCCGAUCCCUGCACCCUCAUCGUCAGUUCUCAAGGUCGGCUACUACAACAACAGCAGCAACAGCAACGCGUGCCCCAACGCGGAAGACAUCGUGAGGAAGGUCGUGGAGGACGCGGUGAGCAAAGACCCCGGCACGGGCGCGGGGCUCAUCCGCCUCUUCUUCCACGACUGCUUCGUCCGGGGCUGCGACGCCUCCGUCCUCCUCAGGAACACGAGCGGCGGCUCCACCAGCGAGCAGACGGAGAUGUUCGGCCUCCCCAACGUGAACAGCCUCCGCGGCUUCGAGGUGAUCGACGCGGCCAAGGCGGCGCUGGAGUCGGCGUGCCCUGGCGUCGUCUCGUGCGCCGACACCCUCGCGUUCGCCGCCCGCGACGCGUCCAGCGUGCUCAGCGGCGGCAGGAUCAGCAGCGCCUUCGCGAUGCCCGCCGGCCGCCUCGACGGGCGCGUGUCGCUCGCCAACGAGACCACGGACAACCUGCCCGGCCCGUUCUGUGACCUCGACGCGCUCACCAACUUCUUCGCCGCCAAGGGCCUCGACAGAGACGACAUGGUCACCCUCUCCGGGGCGCACACCAUCGGCCAGGCACGCUGCGCUUUCGUGUCCAACCGGACGGACAUGAACGCCACCCUCGCUAAGGAUCUCAGGAGGGACAAGUGCAGGAGCGGCGGCAACACGAAGGUGGCGCUGGACUACAAGACCCCUGACACCAUGGACGUGCAGUACUACCAGAACGUGAACGACGAUGACGUGGUGCUGGACUCGGACGCUGCGCUGAGCUCGCCGGCGACGAAGCCGCUGGUGGAUACCUACGCGGCCGGUUCUUCGUUGAGUCUGUGGGAGACCAAGUUCGCGGCAGCGAUGGUGAAGAUGGGCAGCAUCGAGGUCAAGACCAGCCCCGGUGCGGACGCCGAGAUCAGGAAGAAGUGCUCCAUUUACAACUAAUAACUAGUACUCCGUAGCUUAUAUGUUGCUAGCAAUAGCAAUGGAGUGCGGAUGAGGGUGAUUGGCUGCACGUGAACUUGCUUAUAUGUGUGUUCGUUAUCCUGUAUUCCUGCUGUUGCGUUCGUUAGGUUGGCUUCUCGGCAAAGUUUAUUUUAGUGUAAGCCUGUAAGGUAGUAGUAUGUAAUAAGCGCCGG